ACAAUACACAAUAACCACAACCACAGCCAGCAAGAUCUAGUCAAAGAAACACAUCAAUCCAGAGCGUCCACCAGAGUCACUAACUUGUCCAGCCGCAGCAAUGGCGGUGCGGUGGCCGUCGCCCGCCGUGGCCGCGUUGUGGAUCGGCGCGAGCCUCCUAGUCCUGUGCACGCUCAUGGCGUCGUCGGCGUCGGCCCAGGCGCCGCCGCCACAGGUGCGUAAGGUGCCCAAGGGCAGCAACCUGGUGGUGAUCAAGCCGGGGGUCGGGAAGCGCAACAGCAAGUUCACCUGCACCGACACCAAGAAGAAGCGGCCCGGGUGCGAGGCCACCUGCCCCAGCCGCUGCCCCAAAGAGUGCCUCGUCCUCUGCCCAUCCUGCAUGACCUUCUGCCUGUGUGACUUCUACGCGGGGGCGUCGUGCGGCGACCCGCGCUUCACCGGCGGCGACGGCAACAACUUCUACUUCCACGGCAAGAAGAACCAGGACUUCUGCAUCCUCUCCGACGACGACCUCCACAUCAACGCGCACUUCAUCGGCAACCACAACCCCGCGACGAGCCGCGACUUCACCUGGAUCCAGGCCGUGGGUGUCAUGUUCGCCCACCACCGCCUCCACCUCGGCGCGGUCCGCUCCGCCCACUGGGACUCCGCCGUCGACCACCUCGACCUCGCCUUCGACGACGAGCGCAUCGACCUUGCUCCCGCCGACGGCGCACGCUGGUCCUCCGCGUCCGUGCCCGGGCUCUCCAUCACCCGCACGGCGCAGGCUAACAACGUCGUCGUCGAGCUCAAAGGGGUGUUCCGGAUCGUGGCCAACGCCGUGCCCAUCACCGCCGAGGAGUCCAAGGUGCACAGCUACGGCGUCACCGCCGACGACUGCCUCGCACACCUCGACCUCGGGUUCAAGUUCCAGGCGCUCUCCGACGAUGUCCACGGCGUGCUCGGCCAGACCUACCGCUCCGACUACGUCAACAAGCUCAACGUCACCUCGAAGAUGCCCAUCAUGGGCGGCACCGCCGACUACGUCUCCUCGGCUCUGUUCGCCUCGGACUGCGCCGUCACGAGGUUCGGCCGCCCCGCCUCCGCGGCAACAGCAGCCACCGCCGGCGGAAUUGCCAUGGUCACCGACGCCAAGUACGUCUAGGCGAUCGAUCGAAGAGUCAACUGGGCGGUACUUGCGUGCUAGCGUACGUGCUGCGUCUGGCGUCAAUCUUCAACUAAGUAACGUGCAUGAGCGAACUCUACGUGUCUGAUCUGUUAAGUAAUGUUUGUUAAAGUAUUUUGUCAUGGAUUGACCAUCCUGACGAUUAAUUUGUUGGUAUAUAUGUAAGUGGAUAUGUAUUGUUUUGACAAUAAUUAAUUGACAAAAUGAGAAAUAAGUUCACACUGUGUAAUAUGUACGGUCUAUUGUUUUUCCUUUCCAAAUUGCUAUAGUGCAGUUAUCCAAAUUGUUUUUCACAUUUCAUUGAUAUUCUAUUCAGAAGAAACUAUUGCUGAUGUCGAAAAAAUGCUAACAUGUGAAAAUAGGCUUCCAUUGGGCUCUGCUCCAACUAAAGAAAACAAUUUGUUAAAUCCUAGUCCCUCCGUCACAAAAUAAGUGACUUAGCUUUGUACUGACUUUGUAUUAAAGUUAGUACAAAGUUGUGCUUGAUACGGAGGGAGUAUAUGGCUAGGCAAUAUUGGCACCUGUGGGUUCACUUAGUCCUUUUUCAAUGCAUUGGUGCU